CGACUUACAAUUGUUACAAGAUAUCACAUUAUUUUUUUUACAUACAAUUCCCCAUUUAUACAGUUGGGUUUUUACUGGAGCAAUCUAGGUAAAGUACCUUGCUCAAGGGUACAGCAGCAGUGUCCCCCCACCUGGGAUUGAACCCACGUCCCUCCGGUCAAGAGUCCAGAGCCCCUGACCGCUACUCCACACCGCUGUCCUGCAUCACGGGAUUGACUGUCCUGUCCUUCUUUAUAGAGUCCUAGGCGCAAGCCAGCGCCCUGACGUCAUGCGUCCGGCGUUUCGCAAUAUUUCUGACACUUUUAUUUCUUUAUAAUCGCGCGUUUAUAAACCGAGGAGCGUCUUUGUGUGUGUUUCUAUCCCCGGGAGGAAAGAAGAGGAACACACACACAGAGGACUAUAAAUAAUAAUAAUAAUAAUAAUAAUAAUAAUAAUAAUAAUAAUAAUAAAACACAACACGUCAGCUCUUGAGCGGGUGAUACGGAUGUCUUCCCCUCGUUUUGUGGUUUGGGAAAAUGAGGAGCACCUCGCGUACCUGCACCCCAACCCCUGCACCCCGGGGGUCACCGUCCUGCAGCAGAAACUCCGCCCGGGUGAGGGGGACCCCCCUCAGCCUCUUCCAGCUGCCUCUCCGCGGCUACACUGAGCUGCUGCUCGGGGCGCGGGCAGUGGCUGGGCUCCUGUGCCAGCGUAUCCCCGUGACCCGCUGUGCCCUGAUCUCCGAACCAGAGCCCCCGACCCGACUCAAGCUGGUCCCCCUCCACGGCUUCGGACCGGAUUGGGAGCCCCCCAGUCUCUCGGGGGACCUGGAAUUCAACGCAGAGUACCCAGGAUACUGCUGCUCCAAGAAGGGUCCGCGAGCCGUGGAUUCAGAGCUGGACCGGGUCCAAUCCCGGGUCAGAGCCCAGCUGGAGUCCCGCGCCGUCAGCUACCGCUUCCUAGGGGACCCGGGAGACCCCAGGGUGUUCGCCCGGAUCGUGAGGGGCACAGAGGAGCAGCAGUGGCGUGUGUGGGAGGAUGAGAAUCACGUGGCUUUCCUCACCCCCUUCCCCAACACCCCCGGCUACACCAUAGUGGUCCCCAGGCAGCCCCUCCCCAGCGACCUCUUCAGCCUGGAGCAGGAGGAGUUCGUGAGGCUGGUCCAGGCCGUCCGGAGAGCCGCCCGGGCGCUGAGAGAGGGCCUGGGGGCGGAGAGAUGCGUUCUGAUCUUCGAGGGCUGCCAGGUCGAUUACGCCCACGCCAAACUGGUCCCGGUGAUCAAACCGUCUCGGCAGCCCCCAGAGGAGGAGGAGGAGGAGGAGGAGGAGGAGGAGGAGAGUCUGCACCCCCCGUCCGAAUUCCACAGCUCCUACCCUGGCUACGUCACGUCCGCGGACGGGCCCCCAGCUUCUGAACAAGAUCUGCAGCAGCUGCACGCCCGCGUCCGCUCCAGCCAGCCCCAGACACCGCCUUCUUAAAGGGUACGCAGAGAUUUCUAACUGCACACCCGUCCUGCGCUGCCAUUGGCUCACACGGCUCUCUGACGUGGAGUUUUGAAAGAAACACGUAGUUUAUUAUUAUUAUUAUUAUUAUUAUUAUUAUUAUUAUUAUUAUUAUUAAUUUCUUAGCAGACGCCCUUAUCCAGGGCGACUUACAAUUGCUACAAGAUAUCACAU